CAAUGAAAUGAAAGCAAAAGAUAAUACUCAGAUAGACAAUGAGUUGAAUUCUGACGGUAGAGGAUCCACACACAAUGAACCAGGCAGGGAAGACAACAGCAUUGAGGCAAAUGCAAAUGUUAAUCCGCCGCACAUGCAGCACGUUGGGGAUCUGCUGCGCAAGCUUCAGCUAGAAAUUCCGGACAUCAACAAUUUAAUUGACUUCUCAAACGGUCAAGUAGAUGACCUGGCCUUCGACUGGAAGACAAUGAACUGGACGGACUGUUCUCAAACGUGCGGUGGUCAUGGCGUGCAGGCACGAACGGCUGUAUGUGAGGUAUCGAUACACGGGAAACGCAAGAAGGUGGAUUCAACGUUGUGUACGGAGGCGGGCCUUCCCAAACCACCCGUGAUGCGCAAGUGUGGGAUCGGUCAGUGCCCAGGAUGGAUCGUUGGGAAUUGGUCCAACCUUCCCAACAGCACUAACUUGCCCCCUGACAACUGCAACACCCUCACCAAGCCUAGAGACACGGAGGACUGCCACAACAAGAAGUGUGAGGCAGUGUGGAAGGUUGGAGAAUGGACCGAGGUAUCUGUUACACCUCAGCCACUGUAA